AUGCCAAGGCAGAGGAGCCGUCGAGGAGGAGGAGGAGGAGGAGGAGGAGGGCAGGCCCACUCCCGCACCGCCAGAGCUGAGCUGACCUUCUCCGUGAGCCAGGUGGAGCGCCGUCUGCGGGAGGGCCGCUAUGCCCAGCGCCUGAGUUGGUCUGCGUCCAUGUUCCUGGCCGCCACCCUCGAGUGCCUGACAGCCAAGGUGCUGGAGCUGGCGGGCAACGAGGCCCGCCACAGCGCCAGGAGGCGCAUCACCCCAGAGCUCCUGGACAUGGCCGUCCACAACAAUGCGCUGCUCAGUGGUCUCUUCGAGACUACCACCAUCUCCCAGGUCGCCCAGCCCCGGCGCUAGCUGCUGCUGCUGGCUCGGGGGCCCUCGCCCAAGCACCGGCCCACCUGUCCACCAGGCCCCAGGCCCCCUCGCUCUCGGCCAGCCUCGCCCGGCCUGGCUUGUGCCUUCAGCCAGCCCUUUCAUUAAAGCGUUUCA